AUGCCGUCCCAUGCCUCAGGGCCUCAGCUGGGCAAGGAGCCCGAGCCAGUGGAGGACUGUGUGCAGAACACGCUCUCAGCCCUGUACCCGCCCUUUGCGGCCACAGCACCCACGCUGCUGGGGCAGGUGUUCGAGGUGGUGGAGCGGACGUACCGGGAGGAUGCCCUGCGCUACACCAUUGAGUUCCUUAUACCUGCCAAGCACAUCCUGGCACGCAUUCAACAGGAGGCCUGUGCCCAGUACAGCGGGUUUGUGUUCUGUCACGAGGGCUGGCCGCUCUGUCUGCAUGAGAAGGUGGUGGUGCAGCUCAGCUCCCUGCCCUGGCAGCAGCUGUGUCCUGGUGACUUCUACCUGCAGGUGGCCCCCUACCUGUCCCGUGCGCCCCGCCUGGUGCUCAAGUGCCUGUCGCCGGACGGGCGCAGCGUGCAGGAGCUGCCGGUGCUGCCUGACGCCUACCCCUUCCUCUUCACUGCCGAGUGGCUGAACGGCAUCAACAAAGACCGGCGGGCCGGGCGGCUGGAGCGUUGCCUGCUGGCAGCUGAAGAGCGGGUUCUGCGCCUGCCCUGGACCGAACUCAUCUGCCCGCAGUUCGUGCACCAGGGCAGCUUCAUGGUGGGGCGGCGUUGCCUGCCGGGCCCCAGCCCUGAGGUGCUGGGGGCUCGCAGCCCUGGGGACGGGGGCCACUCAGGCGGGGAGAGCCAGGAGGCGGAGGGUGGGGGCCUGGAGGGGGAGUAUGUGCAGCUCCUGGAAAUCAGCCCACCCCAGCACGACGCCCCCCCAACCCCAGUGUCCCCCAGUUCCCAGAGCCGCACCCUGCCCGCCCGCAAGGGCCAGGGCAAGGGCCGCAACCGGCGCCACCGUGCCUGGCUGCACCACAAGCCCAGUCGGGAGGAGACUCUGCCCAGGAACCGGCCCCGCAGGACCUGGGAAGGGGGGCGGCCAGGGGCGGAUCCCGGCCAAGCAGGGCUCCUCCGGGGCUGGGACCUACAGAGGCCAUAUGGGGAGACUGGAGGGCUGAGGGCCAGCCACAGGGAUGGGCAGGAUCGGGGGGGCCCUGCACACAAAGUGGCAGCACAGAGUCGGGGCAAAGAGGGGCGUCUGCCUGGGGAGAGGGCAGGGGAUCCCAGCCUGGGGGAUGAGCAGCAGGGUGGGGACCCUCCGGAGGGGCAGCGGGGAGGGUAUCCCAGCCUCGGGGAGGUGCAGCGGGGCAGGGACCCUGAGGAGAAGCAGCGGGAUGGGGUCCCUGGGGAGAGGCAGCAAGGAGGGGAUUGCAGCCUCAGGGAGGUACAGCGGAGCGGGGACCCUGAGGAGAAGCAGCGGGAUGGGGUCCCUGGGGAGAGGCAGCAAGGAGGGGAUUGCAGCCUCGGGGAGGUACAGCGGAGCAGGGACCCUGGCCCCCCAGCCAUCUCUCCCCAGCCCAGCACUGUGGCUGAGGUGCAGGGUCUCAGUGAGGGAGGGGGGCAGGCGGUCUGGCCAGCUGCAUGGCCUAGCCCUGGGCAGCGGGAACAGAGCCAGGGCCUUCCAAGGCCGAGCAGCCCCCGGCACGAGGCUCCCAGCCCUGACCUGAGGCCAGCCAGAGCAGAACCACCAGGAGCCAGGACUAGCCCCCAGCAAGGGGCCGUUGGGGACUCUGCUCCAGGGCUGCCACACCGGGCUGCCAAGGGCAACCGCAGGAGGAGAAAGUGGGGAGGGAGAGGCUGCCCCACCAGUGUGGAUUGGAAGGAGCCUGGGUCUCCUGGGGCAGGGGUGGGGGACGCCCCGGCUGGCACCAAAGAGGGGGGUAUCCCUGCUGGCACCGGACUCCCUGUUGUCCCCACCCCAGGAGAGGGGGACAUCCCCCCGAGCACCAAAAAGGAGGGCAGCCCUUCUGGCACCAGACUGCCCAUUACCUCCACCCCAGGAGAGGGGGGUGUCCCCCCCAGCACCAAAGAAGGGGGCAGCCCCUCUGGCGCCAAACAGCCUGUUGCCACCACCCCAGGAGAAGGGGGUGUUCUCCCCAACAGCACAGAGGGGAGCAACGCCUCUGGCACCAGACUCCCCAUUACCCCCACCCCAGGAGAGGGGGGCAUCCCCCCCAGCAGCACAGAGGGGGGCAACACCUCUGGAACCAGACUCCCCAUUGCCCCCACCCCAGGAGAGGAGGGCAUCCCCCCCAGCAGCAUGGAGCCGGACAGCCCCUCUGUCACCAGACUCUCGGAUGCCCCCACCCCAGGAGAGGAGGCCAUCCCCCCAAGCCAAGAGGAAGAGACUUGUGCUGACUGCCUCGGGCAGGGGGCCCUCACAGCCGCCCCGGCAGAGGCUGCAGUCCCCACCGGCGCAGAGGAAGAGGCUGCCCCCGGAUCGCUGGAGAGGACGGAGGCUGUUGGUGCUGGUGCAGCCCCCUUUGUGGAGAGUGUUUUGCCCCUCACGGGGGGUGCAGGAACCUGCUGCCCCGUGGAAUCCCUACCCCCCACCUCAGCCCCUGUGGGGCAAGAUGUAGACUGGGAGCUUUUGCGCUCAGGCAUCUUUCAACUGACAGGCGGAGUAGACCGGAUGGGAAGGGCCUUACUGACCGUCACCCCCCAGCCCCCAGGGGAGCCGGCCCCAGCCCAGGGGGAACUGAGCCAGGCCUUGCGGUACCUGCAUUCGCUGCUCAGGAAGGAGCAGCAGGAGCUGGGGCUGACCGUGCUGCUGGAUCUGCGGCAAGGGGGGGCUCUGUCCCCCCACCCCCCUGCACUGCUGCCAGCCCUGCAGGAGCUGCAGGAGGCUUCACCAGCUCCUGUGAGCCGCCUGCUGGUGCUGGCCCCACUGGAGGGCCGCGAGGAGCUGCCCCUCACUCAGGAGGCACUCGUGCUCUCCCCAGGCGACCUGCCUCAGUUCGUGGACCCGGAGCAGCUGCAGCCGACUCUGGGCGGGACCCUGCAGCACUCACAGACCCAGUGGGUGGAGAUGUGCCAGGCGCUGGAGCAGCUCUGCGGGCUCUGCCAGGGCGUGAUCCAGUCGGUGCAAGUGGCCAGUGCCGAGUUGGAGGCAUCAGAAUUGGCCGAGAGUGACGAGGCGCUCUCUGUGCGGAUCUCCGGGCACAAGGAUGCCAUGCAGAAGCUGCUAUCAGACCCACGGCUGCUGGAGUUGCAGAGCAGCGGGGGGUCCCUGCUGGCUCAACUGCCCCCACCAGAGACCUGCAGUGCCCAGGCCGUGAGGGCUGCCAGCUUGUAUCAGGAGGUGGACGAUGCCAUUCAUAGGCUGGUGCAGCUCAGCAAUCGGCGCCUGGGGCAGCUGGAGCAGGAGAGGGGCCGCCGGCAGAUGACACAGGCGGUGGGCUGGCUGGCUGACCGUGGGGAGCAGGCGCUGGCAGGAUUCACCCCCAUGGAGGUGGGGGAUUCGGUGUUGGCCGUGGAGGAGACGCUGGCGAAGUUUGAGGCUUUUCACACCCUCGCCAAGGAAUGGCUGGCCCGGGGGCAUGAGGCUCUGCAUCUGGUUGGUGAUGGGGACCUGGCAGCUGAGAGGCAGCAGCUGGAGAGCUUCGAGCGCCGGCUGGAGAGCUGUGCGCACACCAUGCACAAUGCCCUGCGGCUGCACCGCUUCCUGCAGCAGGCUCAGGACUGGGCCCUGGAGGGUGUCCGGCGCCUGUCGGCCAUUGAGGACGGCGCAGGGCCGGAGGUGGUGCUGGGGACGCUGGGCCGGUACUGCCAGCAGCAUGGCGAGAUCUCGGACAGCAUCUUCCAGGAGAUGCGUGGGCUGGCGGUGCAGAGUCCCUGGGCGCUGCGGGAGUUGGGGCGCUGCCGGGCCCGCUGCCAGGAGCUGGGGCGCCUCCUGCAGCGGCGGCUGGAGGUGGCAUUGCAGGCUGGACCCCCACCCCGGCGCCGGGCUGACAGCACCAGCGCCUCCUGCUCACCGCAGCGCCCAGUGAGGGGCCUGGGCACUGGCCUGGGCUCCUCCCGCAGCAUGAGCUGCCUGCUGCCCCCGCCCGGCAGCCUCUCCCCUGGCCUGUGUGAGGUGCCCUCUUGCCACUCACUAGCGUCCCCCAGGGGCCCCAUGGAGAAUAGCGACGAAGAAUGGAGCCCCCCUCCCACCAGCACCCCCACCUCUGCCUUCUUCCAGGCACCCACGCUGCCUCUGGGCACACUGCCUCCCUGCCAGGCUCCUGCAAAGGGUCCCCCCAGCACGCAGAGGGCACUGAGCGAGCCUGGCCCUCCCCGCCCCAGCGUCCUCAUUCGCGGGCUGGAAGUGAGCAGCCAGGAGGUAGUGGACAGGACCUGCUCGCCCCGGGAGCACGUGAUGCUGGUUCGCAGCAGCGCCCAGAGAGCCGAGGCGCCAUGGGGGGGCACGCCCAGCACUGAGCGGAAACGCCGCCUGGGCGCCCAGCAGCGGCUGGUGGCAGAGCUGAUCGCCUCGGAGCAGAAGUAUCUGGGCUGCCUGGCUGAGUUGCUGCCCCUGGAGUCGGGGUGCCAGGAGCUACCCCCCGAGCUGAAACGCGAGUGCAGUGCCUUGGAGGGCACCCGUGACCGGCUGCUGGGCUUCCACCGCACCUACUUCCUGAAGGAGCUGCAGGGCUGCGCCAGCCACCCCCUCCGUGCAGGGGGCUGCUUCCUGCGAUAUGCGGACCAGUUCAGUCUCUAUGCCCUCUACGUGAAGAACCGGCAGAAGCUCGAUGCAGCACUGGCCUCUCAGCAAGCUGCCAACAAGACAGCACACAGCAGCCUAGAAGGUCCCUGGGAGGACACGGCGCUGGCAAGUACCCUGCAGAGGCCCCUGGAGCAGCUGGAGCGCUAUGGGCGCUUUCUGGAGGAGCUGCUGCAGGAGACGGACCUGGAGCAGGCGCCGGAGCGCGAGGCCUUGCGGGCAGCGCAGCAGCUGCUGGAGUCCCAGGUGCAGCACGGCAGGAACCUGCUGGCCAUGGAGCAGAUUCGGGGCUGUGAGCUGGAGCUGAAGGUGCAGGGGCAGCUGCUGCACCGGGACGAGUUCACCGUGCUGCGUGGGCGCCGCAAGUGCCAUCGACACGUCUUCCUCUUCGAGCAGCUGUUGCUCUUCAGCAAGCGCAAGGGCACCGAGGGCGGCUUGGACGUCUACGUCUACAAGCAAGCCUACAAGACAGCAGAUAUGGGGCUGACGGAGAAUAUUGGGGAGAGCGGGCUGCGAUUCGAGCUCUGGUUCCGGCGUCGCAAGCUGCGUGAGGCCUACACGCUGCAGGCCUCCUCACCCGAGGUGAAGCACAAAUGGACCAGUGCCGUGGCCCAGCUGCUGUGGAGGCAGGCCACGCUCAGCAAGGAACUGCGCACGCAGGAGAUGGUCUCCAUGGGCAUCGGGGACAAGCCCUUUGUCAGCAUCCAGGGCCCCAGCCAGGCCCUGCUGAGCAGCCUGCUCACAGGCAGAGCCGCCCGCACCCGUGCCUCGGUGGCUCUCUCUUCCUUCAGCCCCUGGGCCGGGGCCCCAUGCUCCCCGCCGGCUGCCACGUCGUCCCCCCGCCCCGGCCCUGCCCCCCUGGGCCUGUUCUGCGAUGCCAGCCCUGUUCCCCCUGCGGCAGGGCGCUCCCCCGGGGCCUGCUCGCUGCCAGGGCACCUGGAGGAGGAGGAGUGGGAGCUGGACGUCAAGCACAUCCCCCGCGCGUCCGAGACAGCCGCUGGCUCAGGAGCUGCUCCGGCUCUGGGGGAGCCGUCCCCCAGGGGGGCAGAGUCGCCAGGGGGCUCUGCCCCAGUGCAGCGCCGGCCGAGCUGGGUCUGGAGCCUGCACAGGAAGCUGUUUGCCUCGCGUGGCCGCGUGGGGCAGGAUCGGAGCCCUGGGGCCACCAGGAAUAGGACAGUCUGA